AUUCUAUUUGCGAUCCUGCAAGUGUGGUGGAACCUAGGUAGUAGGAGAGAACAUCGUUCAUCCACGAAAGUCAAUGCUUCCAAAACAAUCACAUUUGACAUAGCAAGACAAGAAGUAACAUUUGUGAUUUUCUGCAAAAUUGCUUUUCGUUUCAAUGGAAAACAUUCUAGGCCUUAUCAGAAUUCGUAUCAAAAAAGGCACUAAUCUCAUAGCUCGUGAUUCUCGUACCAGUGACCCUUAUGUUCUUGUCACCAUGGCUCAACAGACACUAAAAACUGCUGUUGUGAAAGAUAACUGCCACCCCGAAUGGAACGAAGAAUUGACACUAUAUAUUCAAGAUAAAGAUCUUCACACAAACACACCAAUAGAACUUAUGGUUUGCGACAAGGACACGUUCAGUGUGGACGACAAAAUGGGCGAAGCAUUCAUAGACAUUAAGCCGUAUCUUCAUUGCGUGAAGAUGGGGCUUACCGAUAUCCCAGAAGGACAUGUUGUGAAGAUUGUUCAACCAGAUAGGACUAACUGUUUAGCCGAAGAGAGUAGAUGCAUAUGGAGAAACGGAAAACUCGUCCAAGAAAUGACUUUGAGGUUAAGAAAUGUUAAGUCGGGUGAAAUAUUCAUUGAAAUUGAAUGGAUUGAUGUUACAGAUUCCCAAGGCUUAUCUGAGGCUGAUUUAUAGGUGUUCUUAUAAUGCUAUGUAGCUUAUUAUUUUUGUCUCAAGAAGUUUGAUAUGUAAUUUUUGUUUAACCAAUUCAAUGAGUUUGUUUAUAUAUAAAGACAAAAUUGCUAUAA